CUCCUCCCGCGAGGCUCCGCCCCCGGGGCGAGGUCGCUGUAGUGGGGCCGCUACGCUGGCGGUGUGUGGCCGCGUCUCCGCUGUGGGCAUGGCCGAGGAAGAAGGAAAUCAGGACGUCAAGUCCAAGAUGGAAAGCCCUUCAGAUUCAGCAUCGACUUUAUCUGACACUCCUCAGAAUGGGAAUCCACCAUCACCAAAUUCAAAUACACAACCUAUGAGUGGAACACUGAAAGAAAGAUUAAAGAAAACAAGGUCUUCAUCUCAUUUUUGUAGUGUGGUGAAGCGACUUAAAGUAGAGAAUGAAGAAAAUGAUCAGACCCUUUCAGAACCAGGAGCAUCUUCAAAAGAAGAAAAUUGUUCAAAAUCCCAAGAAAGUGUGGAACACAUAGACAAUGAAUCUGAAAAAGACAGCUCGGAGAGUAAAUCUGAAUCUAAGUGUGAAUCUAAGUCACUUGAUACUGGGUCGUCUAGUACCCUCCAAAAUGAUUCUGUGAAUGAGAAAACUAAAGAAAAUUUAAAGGAAGAAAAAGCAAAAUUGGUAAAGCUGGUUAAAGAGAAGGAAGAACUCCUUCGGAGGUUAAAACUAGUCAAAAUGUAUAGAAUAAAGAAUAACCUGUCUGAGUUGGAGAUGUUAAUAAAGAAGUGGAGGAAGUGCAGCCAGCAGCUGCUCUAUGAGCUGCAGGAGGUUAUGUCGGAGGAUGAGGACGAGAAGCUGAGCCUCACUGAGUUGAUCGACUACUAUGGGAUAGAUGAAAAAGUGGUGCACUACAACAGAACUGAAGAGGAAUUCACAGGGAUUUGAUACAUUUUGUUUUUUUCCCUUCAGGCUUCUUCUUUUUUUUUUUUUUUUUCUUUCUUUCUGUCUUUGAGGUGAUGGGAUCAUACCCAUGGCCUUAAAUGUGCUCUUAAAUGAGCUAUACUCUUUACACUUGGCUCCUCUACAGAAUAUCUGAGAAUGACAAUGUGAAAAGAUAAAUGUUUUAAAGGGAAGAGAGAUGUAAGCUGUUGUGUUGUAGAGGGAGGAAUAUUGAACAGUUCAGGAUAUUCUGAUACAUAAACGGAAUUGUAAAAUGAAGCUUAGUAUUUUGGAUAUGUUUACUAAAGAAAAUAUUUAAGUAAGUAUAAAAAAUUAAAUUGUGUUUAAAAAGUUUGGAUAAUUCUAGAAACCAGGUUUAAUACAUUGAUUUUGUGGCAAAAGGUUUUAUAUUCAGUGUUAAAAAGUAGUCUUUUGAAUGUUUAAAUGGCAACUGGCCUAAAUGUAACCUGCCUCUUUUAAGUUUAUGGACCUAUCUUCAUCUGCUUACCAUACCUUUGUUUCUGCUAAUCUAGAAUCUAAUUAAACUUGUAUGUGAACAAUU